AAGACGACGAGGCGGAUGAUGAUGACGACGAAUUAGAAGAAGAAGAAGAAGACGACGACGACGCCGGAAAACGCCAUUUUGUUGUUGAACAGGAGCAGCGGCGAAGGCUCGAGAAGCGUCAGUAAAGGUGAGCAAGGAUGGGGAAUUUGGGUAGCCUGUUUAGAGGAUUGUUUGGCAAGAAAGAGAUGAGGAUCCUGAUGGUAGGACUGGAUGCUGCUGGAAAGACCACCAUCUUGUACAAGCUCAAACUGGGAGAAAUUGUUACCACAAUCCCUACCAUCGGUUUUAAUGUUGAAACGGUAGAAUUCAAAAACAUCAGUUUUACAGUGUGGGAUGUCGGUGGUCAGGACAAGAUCAGGCCACUCUGGAGGCAUUACUUCCAAAACACACAAGGCCUUAUCUUUGUAGUGGACAGUAAUGACAGGGAACGAGUAGGUGAGGCGAAGGAGGAGCUGAUGCGAAUGCUGGCCGAGGACGAGCUGAGGGAUGCCGUGCUGCUUGUGUUUGCCAACAAACAGGACCUGCCCAAUGCCAUGAAUGCAGCUGAGAUCACAGACAAGCUCACCCUGCACUCCCUGCGCCACCGUAACUGGUAUAUCCAGGCCACAUGCGCCACUAGUGGAGAUGGUCUCUAUGAGGGUCUGGACUGGCUUUCAAGCCAGCUGAAAAACGCAAAAUGAUCCAUCACUAACCCUCCUGUCUGUCAUCUCUGUCUGCAGUGUAAUGGGAGACUGCACUGGCCCUGGUCUCACUCACUCACUCUUUUCCUCUCUUUCCUCUGAAGAGUUGGACUUUGGCCAGUGCUCCCCUGCAUCUGUGUACUGUAUGGGUGUGUUUGGAUGAGUAUUUUUGGAUGAAUGAAUGUGUAUUCCUAUGUGUGAGCCGAGUGGGAGCAGCCCUGCUGUGCCUUGAACACAGUUGACUCUCAAACACCUCCUCCCUCCAGUGUCAGCACUUCCAAAGGUACUGGUUUCCACAAAGCAAAGGACGACACAGGGCGAGUUCUGUGUGUCACCUGUCAAGAACAUUUGUUUAAAAAAAACAACAACAACAAACAAACAAAAACAAUGAUAGAUGUGUAGUCGCCCGGCAAUGACACACAAUAUACCACAGUGUAACCUGUCAUGUUUGAUAAAUUAAAAUGCCUGACAUCCAAGAUCAGUUCACUUUAUUUUGAAAAUAAAUCGUUGCAGAUUUAAGUUUUAACUGUUGCAGCAAACACUGGAUGCUUGUUGAUUCCCUCUUACAGUUUAAUUUUUCAGAAUUUAUGAUUGAAUUCUUAAAUCCAUAUCCUGUAGGUCCUCUUAACAGUCAGGAUGCAGUCGUAUUCAGCAUCUGUACAACAUUUGUUGAACCAUUUUAGGAUUUUAAAUCCACUUUAGUCCUGUCUACCUGACCCUGAUAUUUCUUUUCAAUAGGCCGCGUGUUCUACGCACAGAGGUUUUAAAAAGAUCUGUAAUAGCGGCGUUUAGAAAAGGCAAUAAAUGUUUUCAGGAUGUGUUUACAUGUGUGGAGGUGUGUUGAGUGUAGCUACAGCUUCAUCUGUGUGGGUUCCAGCUACAUCCACUCCAUUCGAAUGACGAGGCUUUUUUUUUUCUUUUCUUUUUUUGAGUUGCUCCCACUCUGGCUUUUUAUUUACUGAUAGUCUUAUUUUCUCUUGUAUGUAGUCCUUUUUGUUAGGGUGUGUUCUAUAUUUUAUUUUAGUUUCUUUGUUGUUUUUUUUUCUCCUUUUUUUUUUAAUGUCACUGUUGAUGCACGCAUGACCUGGUUUACUUUAGCAUGAGCGGACGCGCCAGGUGUGCAGCCUUUUGAGUAAAAUGUUCUCGGGACCAAUUGGUUGGAUUCAGGAAUGGCUUAUUGUACUUGGACUCAGUUUUGGAUUGGUUUGCAGAAUGUGAGGUCACCUCCGCCUGCAAACCAAUCCAAAACUUCACAAAAUUGUCAGCGCUUUGAUAAGACGGUACAGUUGAAUUGGAAGUGCUUGCUCCAGCCCGCUGUAUGAUUCAGCACUGUAAAUGCCUCCUCAACGCUUCAGGCUUUAUGAUGUUUUCCCGCGCAUGUACCCAGGGUGCUUCCCCCGGUGUUAUUUACAUCAUGUCCCUCUGAUGCCGCUUGCACAACACAGGGCCUGUGCGAGGACAGCAGUUUAUCCAUCAGCUUUUGCAGUGAACCCAUAGACGAUAGCCCUUCCCAUUGCUCAAUACCAGCAGACAGUUAAAAUUUGCAAGUGAGAAUGUUACACCAGUUCAGCCAGUGAUAGAAUAGUUUCCCACACAUCCGUUGAUCCCCACUGCUUCUGCAAUUGAUAAGAAAACAAUCUUGAACAAUGCACACCCCUUACUGAGUGAAGAUGACUUUAAGGUCAUAACAUCACACUGACCUCUAAAGGGAAAUUAAUUUUCCCUUUUUUGUAUUUCUACAACUGGAUAUUUAGAUGGUUUCUUGGAAAUUUUGAGUAACUGAAUUACUAAUCUUUUGGGCUUUCUUUGUCCUUACGUUAUGCUAUUUCCUAAACAUCCUCAGAGUUCACAGAUGCGUUACAUAAUCUGGUAUGCAGCAAGAAAUACAAAUGUAUAUAAUAAUCUGUAAGAAAAUGUAUUUUAACAUGACAUCAUCCACCUACCCGUAUUCAGAUGUUGAAGCUUUAAUUUUCAAGACCGUUUCUGUACAAAUGACAAGGUAUGUGCAUAUGUAUUUCUUUAGUACCUUUUAUGCUUUUUUUUUUUUUUUU